ACCAGACGUCGCUCGUUGCAGCGGUGGUUGACCUGGCGGUGUAGCGGUAGCGGCGGCGGCAGCAGCAACGGCAGCAGCAGCAGCAGUGGCAGCAGCAGCAGCAGGUGCAUUCCGCUGCACGCGCAGCCCAGCGCACCAGCCCAGACGCUCCCCCCACCGUGCAGGCGUCGUUUGCUGAGUCCUCCAAAGUGCACAACCUUCGGACAUCGACUUCCAUAUCGGCCGGCAUCGGUCAAAUUCAGCGCAGUCGCCAUCGAAAAAGGGAGAGGAGGCUGUAGCCGGACACUGCUGAUCAGCUCUGUGGAGGUAGCUGCACGGCGAUGAGCGAGAGAGCGCGCUAGUCUGCGCCGCGCCGCGCCCGCCACGCCGCCCCCACCGCAAGCCAUGGUGGACGUGGUGGCCGACACGGACCCCGCGGUGGCCAUCGAGGAAGCCAAGAAGAAGCGCAAGAAGCGAUGCGUCGAAAACAAUAACUGCGAGGACACGCCGACCAAGAUGGAGGUCAUGGAGGCCGCCACCAAGGUGGCCGUGGUGGCGCCCAGCCUCAUGGCCCCCAUGCCCACCUCCGCGGCGCGGAAGCGGGCGCACAGCCCGCGCACCAGCCCGUCCAGGAAGAUGACCAAGCUGAGCUCGGAGGGCGGCGUCGACAACGAGACCCUCAUCCGGGAGACGGAGGCGGCCCUCAAGAGCCUGUCGGGGAGCUGGCCCGGAGCGCGCGCGUCGUACUACGGCGCCGCGCACCACGCCGAGGCGGACGACAAGUUCGAGAACCUGUUCGACGAGAAGCACGCGGCCAAGGCGCGCUGCGCGGCGACGGCCUCGCCCGGCCUCGGCCCGGACUCCCUCAAGGACGUCAUCACCCUCCGAGGCACCGGCAAACUGCCGACGCGCCCCUUCGCCAGAUCGCUCAUCCGCGGCUGUCGGAGAGAUGACGAAGGCGACCUGGACGAGUCAUCCCAGGAGCUGCACAUCGACCUGGAUGAGGACCACAAGGACUUCAAGAAGGUCCCCAUCAUGGCGCCCCCGCACCACGGCCUCACCGGCUACGGACCCUACCCUCCCAGACCGACGUACGUCGGCUUCCCCGGCGACGUCCUCAGCGCAGACGUGGGCGCCCCUGGUGUCGGACACGUCCCCGGCAUGGAUGACAAGGCGCCUCCGUCAUCCCUGUGUCUGCUCGAACUGAACCUCAAGUUUGAGGAGGACAACCAGACACCCCCUCCGCCCGCCGCGGCGUCCCCCGACCCCUCCUCCAAGCAGUACACCAUCCUGCAGCCCGCGGCCGCCGGCUCGCGCGCCGCCACCGCCAUCCAGGACGUGACGCGGGAGGGGCUCCCCGCCGUGCCGCGGGCGCAGGACCUCCACCGAACCUUCGGACCCCUCUCGCCGGCCAGCAUCGGACGCGAAGGCAGCAAAUGCCCGACACCUGACUGCAACGGCCAAGGACAUGCUACCGGCCUGUACCCCCAUCACAGGAGCUUGUCAGGAUGUCCAAGGAAAGACAAAGUUACACCUGAGAUGAGCGCCGUGGCCGGUAUCCACGCGGACUUCGACCACCCCGCCUUCCCCGGCGUGCCCAGCGCCAAGCCCGCCUGGCUGUACGGCGUCAAGGACUCGACGGACUCGCCGUUCUACAAGCCCACACCCACUCACGCCCAACCUCCCCAGCAGCAACCGCAGCAACAGCCGCAGCCCCAGCCGCAGCCCCAGCCCCAGCCACCGCAGCAGCAACAGCAGCAGCCUCAAAGCCAAACCCCCUCGCAACCUCCAUCUUUACCGCAAACUCCGACCCCCGCACAACCUUCUCCAACACACCCACAGCAACAAACUCAACCACAGCAGCAACAGCAGCAGCAACAACAACAACAACAACAACAACAGCAACAACAACAACAACAACAGCAACAACAACAGCAGCAACAACAGCAGCAGCAACAACAACAGCAGCAGCAGCAGCGACAAAGCCAAAGCAAGAAGGCUGAAGAUAUCGUAAAGGUGCUCAAGAAGGAGGUCGGCGAACUUCCGAGCACCAACCUGCUCGUCCCCAAGACAGAGGCGUCCCUCACACGGCCGGCCUCGCCGCAGCCCGCCCAGGCAGUACGCCAGCAGCAACAGCAGCAGCACCUCAUGCAGCAACAGCAGGCCUCGUACGAGGCGUACCUCAGCAACCAGGACUCCAACUCGUCGUCCAUGUCCAGCAUGGACACGCUUCGGUCCCCCGGCUCAAUGCUGCCCUCCCACUUACCGCAACCUUCGCCGCACCACCUCCCCGCCCACGCUAUGCAGCAACAGCAGCAGCAACAGCAGCAACAGCAGCAGCAACAACAACAACAGCAGCAGCAGCAGCAGCAGCACUCGUACUCCAUGUCGCUGGUCGACCACCAGAUGGCCCAGCGCCCCCCGUACGAUGUGUCCGCCGGAGAGGACAUGUACCAGCGCGCUGGCAGGUUUAGCGAAGAUGACGUGCACCGCGCGUACGGCGUCCAGGCGGUGCAGCGGCCCGUCGUGUCGUACCCGGAGAUCGGCCUCCGCGUCGGCCCCGUGGGUCCCUACGACAGGCCGUACGACAACAGCACGCCCCCCAUCGGCCAGAGCGGCGCGACCGGCAGCGUCUCGACGCCCACCUACGACCGGUACGGCCACGAGCACCCCCGCCUGUACGGCUACCCCGAGCAGGUCGAGCCCCCCGGCACGCCCCGUCCCGCCCAGUCCCACACCCCCGCCCGCGUCGCCUCGCCGCCCCCGCCGCCCCCCGGGGGCCCCCCGGCGCCCUCCCCCCAGGGGCAGCCCCACGACCUCAGCGUGAGCAGAAUGCCGCCCAGCGACGGCCCAAGCCCGAUGUACGGCGGAGACGUGGGCCGCUACGAGCAGACGGAGCCCGUCGACUUCUCCACGGCGCCCGAGUCGGUGACUUCCGUGCCCUUCCCCGGCCAGCCCAUGGCCCGCUUCCCCGCGGGCCCACCGGGCGCCCCAGGGACGGGCGCCCCGGGUCCGGCCGGCUACUCCAGGGACUCCUCACCCGACUCGUCCGCGGGCCACUUCCUCGACUACCGGGACGCCAACGGCUACGGCGGCAUGAGCCCCGUCCACGCAGCGCACGCCGCCCACGCCGCCCACGCCGCGCACGGCUACGGCCUGGCGGGCCCCAACCUGGGCGGCGACUACCCGGGCAGCGGCUACUCGUACAGCAACUACUGCGCCACCUCCGGCUACCCGGCCACCUACCCCGGCCACGUGGCGAGCUACUCGCCGCAGCCGUGCUACUCGAUGCCGCCGCCGAGCCACCCCCACCCCGGCCACCCCGGGCACCCGCACUCGGCCACCCCGCUCGACAAGGACGGCAUCAAGACCGAAGGGUUACCGGGCUGCCCCCGCAGCGACCGGUCUCAGAUCCAGCCCCACUCGCAGGAGCUCAAGUGCCCGACGCCGGGCUGCGACGGCUCCGGACACGUCACGGGGAACUAUUCCUCGCACCGAAGCCUGUCCGGCUGCCCGCGCGCCAACAAACCGAAGAGCAAACCCCGAGAUGGCCAGGAUUCUGAGCCUCUCAGGUGCGUCAGGCUAUGUCCGAUCCCCGGCUGUGAUGGGUCAGGACACUCGACGGGCAAAUUCCUUUCGCAUCGGAGUGCGUCCGGCUGCCCCAUCGCCAACCGGAACAAGAUGCGCGUCCUGGAGAGCGGCGGCACCGUGGAGCAGCACAAGGCGGCCGUGGCCGCGCUCAAGUUCGGCACGGGGGUGGGCUCGUCCGUGUCCGACUCGUGCGACGUGAGCGGCUCCUUCCUCAGCCACCGCGGCCUCGGACCGGCCGGCGGGUCCGUCGGCGUCGGCGGCGUCGGCGGCGUCACCAGCGGCCUCCCCCUCUCGGUCAGCAGCAAUCAGACCGGGUCCGGCCCCACUGCUGGAGGGAACGCCGGCGGCGGGAUCGGCGGGAGCAACCUCAAGAAGGGCUUCAGCAAGUACCCGCCGACGCCGGACGACAUGAGCGGGAUGUACGGCAAGGGGGCAGCAGGCGUGAUGGAGGUGCCCUCGCUCCACGGGUUAGCUCCGGGCGUGCCAGGAGCGCCAAGUGAGGACCUCAACUCUCUGGAAGCUGAAAUUUCUCAGCUUCAGAGGGAAAACGCCCGUGUGGAGUCUCAAAUGUUGCGACUGCGCACCGACAUCACAGCCAUGGAGGCUCACCGUAGGCACGACAAGGAACCCCAAGUGCUGGCACCACCUCGUGCUUCAAAUCUCACAGACUACUAUGAAAAUCUUCGGAAUAAUGUGAUGACCCUCCUGGAACAUGUACGCAUUCCUGGCGGCUGUAGUAAUAGUGCUGGCAAUGUGCCAACCCACCACCCUUACACAGAUAUGAGAGUUGGGGUUGGUCCUGAACAUUUUGACAGUUAUCUUAGCAAAUUACAGACUCUUUGUGAAGAGGGAAAUGGCUCCAACAGAGCUAUAUAUGGCUCUGUUCGCUCCACACUGCCAACGCCCAUAUGAAGACAGAAAGGACUGGCAUUGUAAAUUUCCAUUGUACAGGCGGCUCUUUACCGCAAAUCCACCUUGAUCAUGUAACAGAAAGAUGAAAGUGGAAAAAAUGUAUACAUAUUUAGUUUUACAGCCUUAGACUAUUUCAGCUGAAUGUUAUUGUAACUGUAAAGUACAUAUGAUAUUUUAGGUGUUUAGACUUAAAAAUAAGUCUGUCCAUUAUUUGCUGUGUAAAAAUAGUUUUAAGAGGCUAAAACUAUUGAGAGUAUGACUGGGGUAUUUCCUGUGAUGUCAUACUGUGGUAUUGAUAUUCAGUGACCGUAUAACUUUAUCCAUGCAUCAUAAACUAGUCAGAUUUGUGACGAAUUUGUCAGCCAAUGCAGAUGCAGAAUUUGUGCUGUAUACCUAAGUUGUUUUCUUUUAGAUAGAUUAUUUUAAAUAGAAUUGUCAAUGGAAUCUCUUGCUCCAAUUUUUCUUUUGUUGAGCAUUGCAAACCAAGUUGGAGGAUAAGUGGAAGCCAUAUCUCAGCUAGCCACCCAUGUGAUCUUAGUUAAUAAUAGGAAUGAUUUUAUUAUAGCUUGUUAUAGAUUGUGAUUUGUGUUGUGAUAUGUGUUGUUUACCACUGAUUUUGCUUUACAGUUAACAAUUAUAUGUUUACCGGUCAAUUUAAUAGUUCUAUGACUGAGUUGUAUCUUUUCUUAGUGCUAACACAGAUAACUGUUACUGUUCAUUGUUUUUUCCAUUGUGUUUCUUCUAUGUUUUGUUUGGAUGGAUUUGCACUAUUUAUUUUUAAACUGUGCUGUUGUGUUUUCCUUGUCACAUUUGUGCCAUACACCCACUCAGGGCAUUCGUUUUCCAUUAAGAACUGGGAGGAAAAGGGACUAAGGGACCAUCGCCAGCCUUCCCUCUCCCAUUAUUCAUGCACAAAGUGUAGAUAUCCCAAUCUACAGUUGUACAUGAGAGAAGGUCAGUGUUUUAAUGUUUCGUUUUGAAUAGUAUGAGUGCCUUCCAUGGAUCAAUUCCAUUCAUCAGUUUUUGUUCCACAGUUAGGACUGAGCACUCAUUUUGGUGGAAACAUGAUCUUUUCCGUUGGUCUCACAAAACCUUAUUUGCAUUAUUUUGUUGAUUGAAACAUCAUGUUACUUUGCAUUUUUAUUUGCCAUAAGAUUGGGAAAUCAAAUAUCCGUUGAGAGCUAAUGUGAAUGUGAUAUUGCUUUUUCCAUCCAAAACCAUCUAAAAAUUCAAUUAAAUGCUGUCUUUUAAAUGUUCUGAAAGGGUUACCAAGGAGGAAUACUUGUCUUAAACUUUAAGUCUCCCAAGCUAGCACCAGUUUGAUGUCAAUACUUGGGAACAAUAGGAAGGGUUUAUAGCAUAACAAAAUCUCACAUAGAGAUAUGCCACUGUGUGGAUUUGUUGUUUCUUUCUUCUUUUUUUGUUGCUUCAUUUUAAGAGCAAAAUUUGUCAAAGGUGACUGAUUAGAUGCUUCGCUGCAAGCCUAAUUUAAUGGCCACUGCGUAAAAGUAUACUGAUUUAAAUAAACUGUUGAUAUGUCCAUUGUGCGAUAUGUGGCCUUCUUGCAAGUGCUUCAGAGUGUCAAACUACUCUUUUUUUAAUUUAUAGAGCUCUAAUUUAUGCUGUGAGGUUAAAUAUUUGUGAUGUCAUCUUAUAUUUAUGUUUGACAAGAACUUUUUAAUUGAUACUUCAACUUCAUUAUCACAUCACUUGUAAAUCUGUCACAAAAUAGGUUUUUGAUUUUGGAAGGUAAUUUUUCAUUUUAUAUUUUUGUAACAAUAAUAUACUCAAAAGGCUAAAGUUAGUAUGCUCAUUUAAAAAAGGCAUACAGCAUCAACAUUAAACCUGGAACAGAAUAUUUGGGUCAUGGAAAUAUUCUGUGAUAAGAAUUUAGUGAGAAGCUGGACUUUGCAGCAUAUUCAAUAUGCUGGCAGCAAAGCUCUUACAGAUCCAUUUUAUACUUCACCUAUGCUUUGCAAGACUAAUUUUGAAAGACAUUCCACAGCUGGUUUUGUCAGUCUCAAUAGAGAUUUAAGAAAGCUGCCAUACGUCUCUGCCAAAGAGGUAAUUUAAAAUUUUAAGUAAUACUUUGCCAUGAUCUAGGCACACUUGCGUUGGAUUAUGUACAUAUUUCCUUAUAUUCCUUGUUAUUGUGAAGUGUGGCUGUAUACCAUAUGAUGGCUGUAUAAUUUUAAUUUAGUCUCAUUUGUGUUGUUGAUCAUACAGUGGGAUUUCAAUCUGUUCUGGAGUUACUCCUAGUCAUCCACAUAUAAAUGGGAUGUAUGUAAGUGCCAUUUUUGUCUUUAUACUUGUUUUUAUUUUGCCUUUUUUAGCCCCAUACUUCAGACCUAUAGUAGCGCCAAUGAUUAAUUAAGAGCAUGAAAAUGCGGAGGAAAGUCCCACAUUCACAGGGAGUUUGAUAUGCCCAUUACACAUACAUUAAAUUCAUUGAAAAUUUUUGACCUUUCGUGCACUGUUUGCAUAAUGCACAUUGGUGCUACUAGAGCAGGGGCAAUAAAUUACAUCAAGAGUUCAACUUCCCUUCAUUAAUUAGGCUGGCCAAAUUAAGCAUACAUGUUGAAAUCCUACUGUACUUUAUUUGGAUGUCAAGUUCAGAUGCCCAAUGUUAUGUGUCACUUGUUUGAUCUGUUUAUUUGUUAAUGAAAAGAUGUGCAAUAAACAAAUUGAUUUAAAAAAAUUA